AUGUCUUCCAUUCCAAAUAAUAUUUCUGUCUCUCUCUCCACUAAAACCGAUUCUCAUUGGAAAAGAUGUUUCGAUUUGACUCACGAGAUGAUUAUCACAGCCCCAGGUCGUCGUGUUUUCCCCACUUUGGAGUACGAUAUCAAAGGAUUGGAUCCACGGAAAUACUACUCAGUGUGCAUGCAUUUCGAGUUGGUAGAUUCGAUGAAGUUGAGUUUCGUCAUGGGAAAUUGGACACAGUCUCUGUCAACUGAAGGGAAAGGAGCUCCACGGCGAGUAGUUCAUCAUCAUGGACUACAACUUGGUCAGAAUUGGAUGGAUCGACCACUCAGCUUUGAUCAGAUUAGAAUAACAAAUCGCAAAUCAAAUGAACAGACGAAGGGACCAUCAUUCGUCCAUCUCUACACUCAACACAGAUACAUCCCGGUUCUGACAAUCUACGAAGGAGACCAGAUUGUCCACGUCUCCAAGAUUUACUAUACUGGAUUCAUCCCUGUGACGUCAUAUCAUUCGAAUGGUGUCGUCGAUCUAAAGAAAACAAUAAACCCGUAUGCUUUUGGAUGCAUCGGCCGAAGGAACGAAAAGUCUCCACGUCCAUCAGAUGAUUCAGACGCAAUGGAUUCCCCCGUACCAAUCAAGAAAGUCAAGAAAGAAGAGGAAGGAGAAGAUGAUGUCAUAUCAACUCUACUAAGUCUAUCCAACUCGUUCAUCCAAUCGGAAUCUCUCUCAUCUUCUCCGACACCUCUUGAACCAGUUACUCACUCAAACUCCCUCAAUGUGGACACCGAAACCACAAUCGUCCCAAUUCUUUCGAAUAUUCCAAUCCUUCCUUGUUUCCCAAAUAUCCCACUUAUCCAGAAUGUCCUUCAGACCCAGAAAUUCCUUCAGAAUCAACUUGAUUUCCAACAAAAACUCUUGGCUCUCCAAAUGCCUUUUGCAUUCUCUCCGAUGUACUUAAAUCAAUUCCUCAAUCCACUCGCGAAUUCCCUUUUCCCAACUCCUGCACUCCGUCCAGAAGAUCAGUUCGCUGCUUCCGCUAAAACUGAGUCUAGUGAUUCAGAAAAUAUCUGA